UCUUUGAGUUUGUGAGCGGAAGAAAGGUUUGGCGACUGCCACCCACAAAACCCGCCCCCACAUCUACAGGGUCCACUUCCUUCAACCCUUCUGAGCAUCGGAGGUUCUUCCCCAAUUUUUCAAAUGGGUUUCCUUAUGACCCAUUCUGGUGGUUUCGGCAUCAAUUCCAUCAAAAUUUCAACCUCCAAACGUUUACUCGGCAGGCCGCCAGGUAAAUAUGUCGCCCCUUUGAAUUUUCUUGGGGGACAAUCCGCUGCUUUGGAUCAAACUAAAGAUAUUGAUGAGUUUGUGGAGAGUACAAACAGCAGCAAUCAUUUUCAUGCCAUGGCUUUUGUAAAUGCCAUUUCUGCUACAAGUUUCCUUGCAGUAGACGCAGCAAAGGCUGAAAGUUUAGAGCAUAUGUGGGAAGGAGCUGCUUCUGUUUAUACACUGGCUGAUGGUGGCAUUGGAGAUUGGUUUGGAGGCUUCUUGUAUUCAGCUGGACAACAGGCUAAUGUUGCAGUUCAGGAUCAGUUAUCUGCUCUUAGUUUUACUAGUUUGGCAGUAAUUUUUGGAGCAGGGUUUGUAACCAGCCUUUCCCCUUGCACGCUGAGCGUUUUGCCUUUGACACUUGGUUACAUAGGAGCAUUUGGAUCAGGGAAGAGCAGAGCAGAGGUUGUUGGAAACUCUGUUGCUUUUGCAUUAGGACUUGCUACGACCCUAGCGCUGUUAGGCAUAGCAGCUUCCUUUGCUGGAAAGGCAUAUGGACAGAUUGGCCAAGGAUUACCAUUAGCUGCUUCAGGCUUAGCUGUUAUUAUGGGCCUAAACCUCCUUGAGAUAAUUGAGUUGCAACUACCCUCAUUCUUCGACAAUUUCGAUCCCCGUUCUGCUGCUGCCAACUUUCCAUCAAGCGUGCAAGCAUAUCUGGCCGGGCUAACAUUUGCAUUAGCAGCAUCUCCUUGUAGUACUCCUGUGCUGGCUACUUUACUUGGAUAUGUAGCUACAUCCAAGGAUCCCAUCGUUGGUGGAAGCCUCCUCUUGACGUACACAACGGGGUACGUCGUGCCGUUACUUCUUGCUGCCUCAUUUGCUGGAGCAUUGCAGAGCCUUCUGUCAUUCCGCAAGUUCUCAUCAUGGAUUAAUCCUAUAAGUGGAGCAUUACUGUUGGGGGGAGGUGUUUAUAGUUUCUUGGACAGAUUGUUUCCAGUCACAAUGGCAAUGUAAAACAGAUUAUUUCCAGUGUAAAUGUUUAUUCAACCUUCAAUCAUAAUCAUCUCUAUUACCCACUUAGUGUAA